AUGGAGAGGGGCCCAUUGUGUGUCCUGGUGCUGUUGCUGACUCUGGGGGGCACCUCUGGGCAGGAUGGAGAGUACUGCCAUGGCUGGGCGGACAGCUCACAGCUCUGGCAUAGGGGCUUUCGGUGCCCAGAGCACUACGACAGCCCAGAGGCUACUCUAUGCUGCGGCACCUGCAACCUGCGCUACUGCUGCUCAACCAGAGAGGUUCGGCUGGACCAAGGCUUGUGUCCUAGUGACCAUCACCAGACCAGUCCCAAGCCUCCAUCAGUGCCCAUGUACUUACCUUUCCUCCUCGUUGGGUCCAUAUUUGUGGCUUUCAUUGUCAUUGGGGCCUUCGUUGGUAUUUGCUGCUGUAGAUGCCUGAAAUCCCAGGAUGAAGAGCAGCAACAUGGGCCUGCACCAAUCCAGAGUCGGCUGCUGGAAGCUGCUGCUCCUCCUUGGUUCUCCAGUUCAGCCACCAGAUGCUCCUUGGGUAGUCAUCCUCAGACCAAUAACAUCUGCCUGAGCAUGGCUCCACCUUUCCCCAUCAUAGGGUCCUCUCAAGGAGCCCAGUUCUUGCCUCCUACAUCAACCAAUGGAUCCCUUUUGCAGCCUGCAUGUACUACUUAUGGAAUACCAACUGAUCAUACUAUCAUAACAACUCCAGCAUCUUUCCUUAAUAGAGCAGUCUAUGGACAAACUUCUUACUAUCAUUUUCCUGUAAGUGCCAUGCCUGGUGACCAAACAAUGUACUCAGGCGCUCAUGUCUAA